AAUCGGUAUGGAUGUGUGUUUCCUUCAUGCACGGGUAGAAGUAUUCGUAGACAAAUUCCCAUUGUUCAGAUACAGCGACAUAUAUUUAUCGACAAAAGAUUUUAAUAUUUACUCAACUUCCUUCAUACUGUGGGAAGUUGGGAUGGUGGGAGUUUCAUGUGGAGGAGGAGGAGGAAGGGAAGGCAGGUAGGUUGGGUGAGGACGGUCAAGGACAUAAUCAGAGGGGCAGUCAGUCUGUCGGCAGCGGCAGUGCAAGGAACACUCUUACAAGCAUCGCUGCUAACCUUCUCUCCCUCCCUGGGCAUACUGUAGUGCAGCCUUUCCACAUCACAGGGAAUUUUAAUACAAAGUGCGUCGCGUCUAUCCCUUCAUUCGCGAGCCAAGAUGCGGAGGCUAGUUCCAGGAGCGGUGCUGGUGUCGGUCUUGGUGCUUGUUUCAUUCUCCGCAGGCCAGCGAAGUGUAGAGACUGUUGACCUGGCAGGCUCUCGCUAUUUCAUCUCCCAGACCUCACCUUAUGUGCCCAGCCUCAACUGGUUCCUCGCCUACCAGUACUGUCGCACCAUUGGCAUGGAGCUUCUCAGCAUUGGCACUGCCGAGGAGGCUGAGCUCAUAAACUCCUAUCUUGCUGCCAACCGUCUGAGCAAUCAGGACUACUGGACGAGUGGUAACCAGUUGGGCUCCCACCACUGGAUGUGGAUGGCCACUGGGCAGCGCUUCAACACCUCUUUCAACUACUGGGCGCAUGAGGAGUCUUUCACCAAGUCGACAGCUGCGUGUAUGAGUGUAAAUAAUGGGGCAUGGGUGCCAGAAGACUGCAUGCACGAGAAAUACUUUAUCUGCGAGUUGACGCGGUGCUUCUUUGUCAAUUUUGUGAGCGCCAACCGGGGCUCAUCUCAGGGCAGUUUGCCUGUUACACCCAGGAUAACUACUCAUCAAGGAAUCAAACCAUCUCAUCACUCCGGCUCCCAACAACAACAGAGACAGGCUACACAGAAAACUGAACAGCCGAAGACAACUAGCUCACCAACACAACCAGGAGCUCAUCAGCCAACAACUCUAUCCCAACAACAGGUUAUAACAACAAGCAGCACCACAACAAUGAUACCCACGACAUAUGAGGAUGACACUGAACCCACCACGGAAAUGCCACUCAAAACAAUGCCUACAACCCUCCCAGAAGAUCAGCUAGAAGAGGUGACCACCAUUCCACAGUCAAGACCUGAUAAAGUUAUGUCUAACAUACAGCUGAACUCAGAACCUGCAGCCCACAACAAUGAGAUACUUGAGUCUGAGCCCAUUUCUCCAUUACAACUCCUCAUUCCUCCUACAAGAGAGUUUUCUCCUUCAUCUCCUUCCUCAUCCUCUUCCAUCCCAUUGCGUGCUGAGGCAUCCACAAACUUUACAGUCCGAAGACCCCUCAGCAGAAAGGAAACAUUUAGCUGGGCCCUUCUGGAUGAACGAUCAAAAUAAUUCAAUCUCACUUCUGAGAACAUUUUGAUGCCUUUGGUGCCAUGUGUUGAUGGCUGUCUUCAGUUUUUUGUAUGUUUGUGAUGCUUCAUUUCAUGACAGAAUUUUGCACUGUUCAUGGUAACAUACUGUCAAUAAUGUGAAGCACAUGAGGAUCAAAUAGUCACAAUGGUUUCACUACUUCAUCAAUACUCUAUAUUAUGUGAGUGGCAAAAAUGCUGGUGACAUUCAUAAAGUAAAAUUAAGAAUAAAAAAGUUCCAUAUAUUAGGAUAGUAUUGUACUUACUUUCCAUGUAUGACUCCUUCUGGAUUUAGCAUGGGAACUAUCUUAAAGAUGAACUUGU